AACCAUCAUCCAUUCACAUAAUAUUCUUAUUCUCACCUUUCUUAAAAUUAAACACUCAUACAUCCUAAGGUAUAUCAAAUAGCUAGCCAGUAUUAGAGUUAUGGAUACUAACUGUGGGCCCCUAUUAAAUACACAACCCAAGAUGCAGCAUGGUGAAAACGAGAUGUUAGGCCUCAGAAAAGGUCCAUGGACGGUUGACGAGGACACCAUUCUGGUCAAUUACAUCACCACCCAUGGUGAAGGUCACUGGAAUUCCGUCGCACGAUGUGCAGGUUUAAGGAGGAGUGGGAAGAGUUGCAGAUUAAGGUGGCUGAACUACUUGCGCCCCGAUGUGCGGCGUGGAAACAUCACACUCCAAGAACAAAUACUAAUUCUCGACCUUCACUCUCGCUGGGGCAACAGGUGGUCGAAGAUUGCACAGCACCUGCCAGGAAGAACGGAUAAUGAAAUAAAGAACUAUUGGAGGACGAGAGUGAUAAAACAGGCGAAGCAACUCAGGUGCGAUGUCAACAGCAAAGAGUUCAGAGACACCUUGCGUUAUGUGUGGAUGCCGCGCUUACUGGAACGGCUUCAGCCCACAUCGGAAAUUCUCCAGCCUCAGAUGAAACUGGACCCAGGCCCAACUGAAAUUCAGGGCUUUCACGGUUUAGAUUCGGUGACGGAGUGGAGUAAAGGGAGCCACCCCGCCGGUUCUUAUUCUUAUUCGGACUCAUCAUCCGUGGAGCUCCAAGUUCAUUCGAAUUCAGACCAUAGCGAUUGUUCGGGUUCGGGUCUGGAUCCGUGGGGGAGUUUGAAUAUGCAGAUGUGGGAAGAAGGGAAUGGUGGGGGUGAAUCGUUGGAAAGUUUGUGGAAUGAGCUCGAAAUAAAAUACAGUUCCCUUCCGUGACGCAUUGUGCAAGGCACAGACAGUGUCAAAAGUUGAGCAUGCGCUUCUUUGUAUUGUUUUCCUCACUUUGUGUGUACAGAUUAGAUAUUAAACUUAGCCACGUGCCUUAUAAAAGUUUACAGCAUUUCAAAUAUUGAUUUUUCUUUAUGUUUAUGUUUGUGUAGCCACAGGAUUGAAGGGUUUUGCUACAAUUGCGUUUCGUAGCACCCAACUCAUUUAUCAUGCACCCGAAUUGAGCUAUUUUUUUGAUAUUGAUAUUGGGUAUUGUUGA